AUGGCGCAACGCGAUAGAAAGCACCUACAGCCGAACUAUUAUGAGGUGCUGGGCAUCGAACGCUCGGCCUCGACCGACGAUAUAAAGAAUGCAUACCGCAAGCUUGUGCUACAGCAUCAUCCGGAUCGCAAUCACGCCCAGACCAGAGGCUCCACUCGACAAACUGACGGCAAGGACGCGAAGAUUUUGCGAAUUAAUGCCGCAUACGAUCUGCUGAGCAAUGAUACGACGCGUGCAAAGUAUGACAUUGAAAUGUUUGGCGUAUCGACUGCUUCAGACGAAUUAGGUCGAGUAACAGUUGCAUCAGGAGACUACAAGCCCAUGAGCUCGAAGGACGUGCAUAAUAUGUUUGGAGGACUUAACGAUUAUGAACGCUUUUCUACAGCACAGUACCAUAGACUGAGAUCACAUGUUGCCCCCGCUGCGAUUGGACGGAGAGCGACAAACCUUGCGGAGCGAAAACGAUAUCGUGCACAUAAUUCGAAGAUGCCAACACAGCGAAUGACGUUGAUGUGGCUUGCUUUUCCCAUUGCGAUAGCGGCACUUUGGGGAGUAAAUGUUAGCAAUUUGCGGACCCAAUCUAAGAGGCAGUGA